CUAUGACGUAUGUAAGGCUUUCUAUCGGGCAGACCAGCAGGAUCAAUCUCUUCAAGCAUAAUUCAUGGACUUCAAGAAGACAUAUGAAGCCUUAAAUUCAUUGAUGCCCUUCACUCCAGAUGUCAAAACUCAGCAACAACAGCGAGAGCAGAUGGCAACAAUGAGUUUCUUGGCAGGCUUGGCCCCGAGAUUUGAGGCUGCCCGAGAAAGGGUCCUUGCAGACUCUGAGGUUCCCACUUUACAGGAUGGGUACUCACGGAUUCAAUGUAGUGAAAGUGUAAAACCCAUAGAGCCUUCUGAUGGUAACGAUAGUGCUUGUCUUUUCUCGUCUUCCUCCAAGUGGGGUAUUGAUUCCGGAGCCAUAGAUCAUCUGUCAGGUAAUCCUAGCGUCUUCUCCACUUUUCAGCCCUACACAUCUCAUUCCCCUGUUACCCUUGCUGGUGGUUCCACAUCUAAGGAUCUUACGACGAAGAAGAUUAUUGGUGAAGGACGUGAGAUUAAUGGCAUGUAUCUUCUCAACACUUCCAUUCCUAAAGCAGCUGCUUGUGUUGGGAUUGAGUCACCUCUUGAGAUUCAUUAUCGUCUUGUCCCACCAAAGAUCUUUGGGUGUGCAUGUUUUGUAAGGGAUGUUCGUCCAUCUGUCACUAAGCUAGAUCCAAAAUCCUUGAAGUGCAUCUUUUUGGGGUAUUCCCGGGUUCAAAAGGGAUAUCGUUGUUACUGUCCUAGUCUUGGUCGAUAUCUUGUCUCCAUCGAUGUGAGUUUCCAUGAGCAUGUUCCUUUUUCUUCACCUACAAUUUCUGUAAAUGAGGGCGGGGGUUCUGGUGACAUUUUAUUUUACACUACCUCUAGUGCUACAAUGCCCUCUACUGGUGUGCCUCCCAUCAUUCAGGUUUACUCCCGCAGGAAAAAACCAGUUGCACCUUCAGUUGUCCCUGAAUCUCUUCCUGCCACAUUGACUGAUCAACCACCUACCCCUACACCAGUCUCAAGCCCUGAGUCAAGCACUUCGUCGUUAGAUCCUGAUCAUGCUGAUGAUCUACCCAUCGCUUUGCGUAAAGUAUCUAAUGUGAAACUCCAUGUUCCCGUUCAACUCAGUCUCUCUCAACCCAACUACAAAAAGUGGAGCCGACUUUUUCUCCUUCUUGUUCGGCGCUUCAACCUCCAGGGUUACCUCGCUGGCUCCGUCGUCCCCCUCUCCGAUGACGACGAUGAAUGGUUCCAACUCGACGCUCUCCUCCAGGGUUGGAUUCUCUCUACCAUCACCGAUGAGGUCUCAAAUCUGGUAAUCUCCUCUGUUUCUACUGCCUCUGCUCUCUGGAAAGUCGUUCACGACUUAUUCCACGACAACAAACAUGCCAGGGCCAUGCAACUGGAGCAUGAAUUUCGCACGACCAUCAAAGGCAACUCCACCAUGGCGGCUUAUUGCCAACAAUUGCAGAAUCUGGACGACUGGCUGGACGAUGUCGAUGCACCAGUCUCCCAGCACCAACUUGUUCUCCAAAUACUUCGUGGUCUUCCUGCAGAUCUUCAGGCACAAACAUCUUUCAUGCAAUUUCAGAAUCCCAUGCCCACUUUUCUGCAGGUCCGUUCUGCACUCAUGCUUCUGGAUCGACAACGGACGAGUCCCACCGACUCGGGCGACACGGCUCUUCUCACGAACCGUGCCGGUGGCGGCUACCACGGCGGUACUCCCGGCGGCUAUGGCGGACAGCAUGGCGGCACGGGCUAUGGUGACGGCAAUCCCGACAUGGGUGACCUGCACUUUUUCCUCGGCAUCAAUGUCUACCGCACAGCUCAGGGUCUUUUCCUUCAUCAGACACAGUUCACCCACGACAUCCUUGAGCGGGCAGGGAUGGUCUCCUGUCGCCCCAUAUCUACUCCCAUCGACACAAAGGCAAAGCUCUCCUCCUCCUCCGACACGGCACUUCCAGAUCCCUCCCUCUACAGGACGAGACGUAACACUGCUGUUUCCGCCCAGUCGACGGUAAGGAGUGACAACCCUGAGCAGGGUAUGAUCGUUCUUGUCAAUGGGUUGGAAACGACAUUGAAUAAUGUGGCUAACAUGAUGGCCAACAUUAUGGAACGAUUGGAUAAGGCUCUUCCAAGUCCAUCCGGUAUCCGGGACAUCCCUGCCGGGCAACCCCGUCAGGCUAGCCAGGUGGCAUCUUCUAACCGCGAACCCCGGAAGCGAAACGGCCGUAAUGGGAUCCAAGCGCCGGUCCGGUCAAUGAUGAAUUUGGAGGAGGACGAAGUUCAAAGCCAAGCCAGGGUCCCAGCGCCACGGCGUUUGGGGCCGUCGGUACCAGAAACUGGUGAGUUCCAGGAUCUGAGGCAGCAGAUCCAGGAGAUGCAGAGGAAGAUAAACAAGGGUCGAGUUUUCACUACCCGGACGAAUACUCCCCUGGCCCCAGAGAUCUUUGCGGAACCAUAUCCGCAGGGAUUCAAAAUUCCGUUCGUUAAGCGUUAUGAUGGGGAGUCAGACCCCCAGGAACACAUAAACAGCUAUGUCCAAGUGAUGAUUUCCGUAGACGCCAGUGACACACUCAUGUGCCGGUGUUUCUUGCAGACAGUUGAUAGCAAGGUCGCGGAUUGGGUCAAUCGUAUUCCUGCCGGGUCGAUCCGGACAUGGGAUGAAUUGGGACUAGUGUUCCUAGAGCAUUUUGCCGGGAACUGCCGUCCCAAGAAGCAUUUCACUCACUUAGCUUUAGGUUUUCCGGACGGCCCAAGGGGCACAAGUCCUGGGACCCCAGAGAAGCACAAAUCUGCCAAUCCAGUCUUCACAUUACCGGUGGCUGAGGUCAUGGCCCACGCUGCACAGCAGGGACUCAUGACUUAUCCAACCUAUUCUCAAAAGGUUUGCAAUGUGGAGGAUACUGGAAACUGGUGUGCUUACCAUCGCAAGAAUGAUCACAAUACAGAAGAUUGCUAUACCCUGAAGAAUGAGAUGGCAAGGCUAAUCCGCCGGGGUCAUCUGAAGAAGUUCGUGCAAGAUGGAGAUGCGGGAAAUCCCGGGAACGCUCCAAAUGGAAAGCGCAGAGAUAAAGAAGUGGCCCAGGCUGAGACCCGGGAGAAAUGCCACAUUGGGCUUGAAGAUGAAGAGGAAGAUUCGGAACCUGCACCGCAUCGCCAGAAGAGACACCAUGGGUGUAACUUCAUCAUUGGAGGGAAUACUGGCGAAGACUCAGCUGCAAGCCGGAAGAAGUGGGCAAACGCGGCGAUGGUCAACAAGGUGUUGGUCCCAGAAGGUAAGAAGCUGAAAUCUGAGCCAAUUGUAUUUUCUAAUGCUGACCUUCCAGAGACAGGGGUCCCCCAUAGGGAUGCCCUAGUGAUUACUAUUGAUAUAAUGGACUUACUGAUCCACAAAACCCUUGUGGAUACGAGAAGCUCCGUUAAUAUCAUGUAUAUGGAUACGUACAAGGCUCUUUGUUUGACAAGGGAUGAAUUGUCACCCAUCAAAACUCCACUAACCGGGUUCACCGGUGACUCUAUCAAACCGGAUGGGGUGAUAACCCUCCUGGUUGAGAUAGGGGAUACUAAGGCUACUCGGAAGUUGGACAUGGAGUUUGUUGUGGCAACUAAACAGUCGGUCAAGUACGAUACCCAAGUGGGAGAGGUGACUGCGCAACUCCUGAGGGCUGAGGAGAAACGUCCCAGAGUAGAAGUUGCUGGCGACAUUGAAGAAGUGGAACUGGAGCCAGGCACGCCGGGAAGGUUGGUUAGGAUUGGCAAGGGGCUGGGGGCUGAACUCAGAUCCCGAGUGAUUUCAGUCCUUAGAAGGUUCACAAGGGUCUUUGCAUGGAGUCCAGCUGAUAUGCCAGGGCUGGAUCACAAGAUUACAGUUCAUCGCCUAAAUGUCCUGCGGGAUGCUAAACCAGUGAAGCAGAAACAGAGGCAUUUGUCGCAGGAAAGAAGAGAUUUCGUAAAAAAGGAGGUAGCGACCCUGCAGGGCAUUGGGCAUAUCCGGGAGGCUCACCGGAUUGUUGUGCUCACGAAUGAGCCUUUGGCGUCACUUACCCGAAGCCCGGCGCCAUCUGCCCGGAUGACCAAGUGGGCAGUCUUCAUCAGUCAGUAUAACGUGGAGUUCAGGCCGCGCCCAUCGAUCAAGGGGCAGGCACUCGCCGACUUUCAAGUUGAGUGCACCGCCAUGGAUGUGACAAGAGCCGAAAUUCAAACCUGGGUGGAAAAUGACUCGUGGGUAAUGAGCAUCGAUGGAUCUUCUGGAGCUCGAUCUUGUAGAGCAGGUAUCGUCUUGACCACUCCAGAAAAUUUCCGGAUCUAUUACGCUAUCAGAUUUCAAUUCCGCGUAUCCAACAAUGAAGCUGGGUAUGAGGCCCUGAUCAACGGAUUGAAGAUUCUCAAUAAGUUGGGGGUAGCCAGGGUUCAGAACGCGGAAGCUGAUGUUCUAUCCAAGCUCAGCGCAGAGUCACCAGAAUACAUAAGCAAAUUAGCAACAAUCGAGGAGCUGGCAACCCCAAGUCUUAACAGAAAUGAGGUGAUCUGGGUAUCAACUGACCCCCCGGAAUGGCUGGACAGGUUGGCCAGAUACAUUGAAGACGGUGAGGCCCCGGAGGAUCCCCAAGAAGCACGUCUGUUGCGAAUGAGGGCACCUACCUACAAGAAUAUGCCCGGGAGGCCAGCCACGAAUUACACGCCCCUCAGCUCUGUGAUUCCCUUCUCAGGAUGGGGGAUUGAUAUUGUGGGAGCCCUGCCGAAAGGAGCUGGGCAGGCAAGGUGGAUUGUCGUGGCAAUAGACUAUUUCACCAAGUGGGUGGAAGCUGAGCCACUUGCUGGGAUUACCGGAAGGCAGAUGAUCGACUUCGUCGGAACAAACAUACUCUGCAGGUUUGGGGUCCCGAGGCAGAUCAUAUCUGACAAUGGAACCCAGUUUGAGGAAGCAGAGUUUCAAGACUUCCUCAAAACUUGGGGAAUUCAGCAUACAAAGGUGUCUGUUGCCUAUCCUCAGGCUAAUGGACAAGUGGAGAACGUCAACAGGACAAUCAUAGACGGAAUAAAGAAGAAGCUACUUUCAGAAGGAAGCAAAUGGGUAGAUGAGCUACCCAGGAUCCUAUGGACAUACAUGACAACUCCAAGGAGAGCUACAGGUGACACUCCUUUUGUCUUAGCUUAUGGUUUUGAAGCCCGGGCUCCCGCUGAGGUAGUAAUCCCCACCAAGAGAGAAAUGGAAUAUGACCCGGAGGUGAACAAACAGAAUCAGGCCGCAGAGCUGAAUUUUGUAGAGGAACGAAGAGAUGAAGCACGGAUCCGGGCAGAGAAUUAUCGUCGCCAGGUGAAAUCUUACUUUGAUAGCAAGGUGAAACCAAGGGCAUUCCAGGUAGGGGAUUACGUCCUGAGGAAACGAGAGAAAAGUCAACAAACUAAGGGUGGGAAGCUGGCUAAGAAGUAUGAAGGACCUUAUAUCAUCAAGGCCGUUGUUCGCCCAGGAAACGAGGAAAAGAAAUUUGAUUUGCAGGGGCCUAGGCACAGAAGGAGGGCCUAUUGCGUCCAUGCAGUCAACAAGAAGGAGGUGGGGGUCCCUUCCAUGGGCUCCUUCUCUUUGAGGAGGAACACGUUGUGGAAUCAGCGGCCUCCCAGAUGUCAUAGUCUUCCCAUGUCCCAGGUCGGGGAGCUGUGGCCCUCAAUGAAGAACCAUCGUUGGGAGACUUCAACAAGCUUGGAGAAGCAGUCCGGCUUUCACAUGAAGAUGGCUGUCCAUAUGACUGCUGAGGGGAGGGGGAACCCUGAGAGGAAGGCCUCGCACCAGAGAUUAACCGGGAAGCUCCUGAGUGGGGAUUGCGUCUCUUCUGCGGACGGGACGUGCCAAGACAGCGAGAAGAAGCUUCCGUUCUGGCACCGUUAAGAGGGGCGGUGGAACCCGGAAGAGCACCCCCUGAUGCCAGUUGGGGGAGAUGAGGGUGAUUCUCCUCCCUGGGCAAGGGAGAAGUCACUGAUUGCUCAGAAGCGAGAGAAGGCCCAGAAGAGAGUUCAGGUGUUGGGGCCCCAAGUGAGGGGAAUGCCAACGAAGAAGAAUCAGAAGAAGAAUCGUAAAUAGUAAGAUCAAUGAAGACAACUUUGUUGG